AUGUCAAGUAAAACAUCGCUUAAAGUGUUAUUUGUGCCGAUGUUAGCCGAGGGUCACGUAAAUCCCUGUAUCGGUAUUGCGACCCAAUUGAUAGCCGACGGCCACCGCGCGGUGUUUAUUGUGGACGACGUUUGGCGGCCAAAACUGGCCGCUUAUGGCAUCGAAACGAUAGAGUUGGCCAAAAGUAACGCAACCAAUGACGGGGCCAUCGAUACAACCCUUCAGGCGCAACGCAUGAUGUCUUUGGGUAAGAUUGGCGGCGCGUCGGCCAUAGAGAAGGCCCGACUCCGGCCAAACGCCGCCGAGUAUUGGAGAAAACAGUGCCAGUAUUUGGACACACAGUUGGCCGCUCUGUUGCCCGCCAUUCGGCCCGACGUGAUAGUUGUGGAUCAGUUCGCGACACUGCCGGCGGUGGUGUUGUCUGGCAUACCGUGUGUGUGGUGUUGGAGCGCCGGUCCUCUCGUGAUGCUCGACGACGUGAGGACACCGCCCGGCGAAUCAGGACUGUCCGCUACGGGAGACCCGAGACUGUGGCACGAGUUUCGCCAAUUGAUUAAAGACGUAACGAUAGAGAAGUGGCGGGCGUUCAACGACUGGGUGGUCGGCCGGGGCUGCGAACCACUGCCAGAACACUGCUUUCAUAAGACAUCGCGUUAUCUCCAUAUAUACGGCUACCCCUUGGAGUUGGACUAUCAGGACGUGCGGCCGUUGGGCCGUAAUUAUGUCCGCUUUGAUAAUUUUAAGCGCAACGAACGGCACUUGACAUUCGCUGUGCCGCCAGUGUUGGCCGCAAAGCCCGGAGCGUUUGUCUACUUUUCGUUGGGCUCUCUCUGUCCGGUCGACGUGCAAAACAUGCGCCGAUUGGUCGCCAUUUUGGCCAAAUCUCCGCAUCGGUUCAUCGUAUCGAUGGGUCCGAAGCAUAUGGAGUACACUCUGGGCGACAAUAUGUGGGGCGCGGAGUCUGUGCCGCAGAUCCGAGUCCUACCGCUCGUAGAUCUGGUGAUAACACACGGAGGCAUAAAUACGGUGACCGAAAGCCUAUACUUCGGGCGACCGAUGAUAGCUAUGCCGGUUUACGGCGAACAAUACGAUAACGCGCAGCGACUGCAGGACAAGGGCUUUGGUCUACGACUGGACGCAUACAAGUGCUCAGAGGAGGAGCUGUUGACGGCGAUCGAGACUUUAUUAAACGAUCGCCGAUUGGCUGAACGCUUGGCCGAAGUCUCCCGAAGAAUACAAACCGAUAAUAGUUUGGCAAAAGUGUCGCAACUUAUUGAAAAUUUUGUUCAAAAUCAGUGCAAAUAUAUUGAUUAG